GCCAGCCGGGGCGCCCGCGGAGGCCUCGUCCACCCCGCGGAGGGCGCCCCGGAGAGGCGGCUUCCGUCCUGCCGCCUGCGCUUCCUGCAGGCUCAGUCUGAGGCCCGCCGGCCUCUGCCUCUCUCCGCCAACUUUCCUGUCUCCAGCACCUCCUAGAUGAGGCUGGAGGAGUCCUGGCCGAGCAGCCCAGCCUUCCCGGAGCGUCCGAGGCCCCACGCCCGCCAGGUUCCCGCCAGCCCGGCCCAGCCUCCUGCGUUGGUCCUGUUCGGGCGGAGGCCUGGACUGGCCUUGGCUGCGCCAACCAGGGACCCGAGGACAGACCCCGAGGGCCUGGCGCAGGGAGGACACGGCAGGGCAGAGCUCGGGAGAUCCACCAGUCCCAGGGGCAGGAAGACGUGGAUGGGAGGAGAAGGCAGAGUCCCCCCAGCUCCAGCCAGAAGGUGCCUCGGCUGCACCCUGGCUGCCCAUCCCCAGAGAGAAGGUGGCGGACCCAGGACCGCCUGGCAGAGCCCGAGCGACGUGGCGGACGUUUACCAGCGGGAGUUCCUGGCGCUGCGCGACCGCCUGCACGCGGCGGAGCAGGAGAGCCUUAAGCGCUCCAAGGAGCUCAACCUGGUGCUGGACGAAAUCAAGAGGGCCGUGUCCGAGAGGCAGGCGCUGCGGGACGGGGAAGGGAACCGCACCUGGGGCCGCCUGGCAGAGGACCCGCGGCUGAAGCCCUGGAACGGGUCGCAUCGGCACGUGCUGCACCUGCCCACUGUCUUCCACCACCUGCCGCACCUGCUGGCCAAGGAGAGCAGCCUGCAGCCGGCCGUCCGCGUGGGCCAGGGCCGCACCGGAGCGUCUCCCUGCUCCCCCGCAGUGUCGGUGGUGAUGGGCAUCCCCAGUGUGCGGCGUGAGGUGCAUUCCUACCUGACGGACACGCUGCACUCGCUCAUCUCCGAGCUGAGCCCGCAGGAGAAGGAGGACUCGGUCAUCGUGGUGCUGAUCGCCGAGACUGACCCUCAGUACACAUCGGCAGUGACAGAGAACAUCAAGGCCUUGUUCCCCACAGAGAUCCGUUCCGGACUCCUGGAGGUCAUCUCCCCUUCCCCCCACUUCUACCCUGAUUUCACCCGCCUCAGAGAGUCCUUCGGGGACCCCAAGGAGAGAGUCAGGUGGAGGACCAAGCAGAACCUUGAUUACUGCUUCCUCAUGAUGUACGCGCAGUCCAAAGGCAUCUACUACGUGCAGCUGGAAGACGACAUCGUAGCCAAGCCCAACUACCUGAGCACCAUGAAGAACUUCGCCCUGCAGCAGCCCUCGGAGGACUGGAUGAUCCUGGAGUUCUCGCAGCUGGGCUUCAUUGGGAAGAUGUUCAAGUCCCUGGACCUGAGCCUCAUUGUGGAGUUCAUCCUCAUGUUCUACCGGGACAAGCCCAUCGACUGGCUCCUGGACCACAUUCUGUGGGUGAAGGUCUGCAACCCUGAGAAGGAUGCGAAGCACUGUGACCGGCAGAAGGCCAACCUUCGGGUCCGCUUCAAGCCAUCCCUCUUCCAGCACGUGGGCACCCACUCCUCCCUGGCCGGAAAGAUCCAGAAACUGAAGGACAAGGACUUUGGGAAGCAAGCUCUGCGGAAGGAGCAUGUGAACCCACCUGCCGAGGUGAGCACAAGCCUCAAGACUUACCAGCACUUCACCUUGGAGAAGGCCUACCUGCGUGAGGACUUUUUCUGGGCAUUCACACCUGCCGCAGGGGACUUCAUCCGCUUCCGUUUCUUCCAGCCACUGCGCCUUGAACGGUUCUUCUUCCGAAGCGGGAACAUCGAGCAUCCGGAGGACAAGCUCUUCAACACAUCGGUGGAGGUGCUGCCCUUCGAUAACCCCCAGUCAGACAAGGAGGCCCUGCAGGAGGGCCGCCCAGCUGCCCUGCAGUACCCACGGAGUCCCGACGGCUACCUGCAGAUAGGUUCCUUCUAUAAGGGCGUGGCGGAAGGGGAGGUCGACCCGGCCUUUGGCCCCCUGGAGGCCCUGCGCCUCUCCAUCCAGACCGACUCCCCAGUGUGGGUCAUUCUGAGCGAGAUCUUCCUGAAAAAGGCCGACUAGAAGAGGCUUCCGAGGCACUCCCGGACUGCCUGACAUGUCCUCGCCGCUGCCCCAGGAGGGCCUGGCGGGUCCCUACAGUGGUUCUGGUCCGGCCAACCUGGGGUCCGCCGCUGGCCCGGAGGCCCCAGGAGCUGGUGCUGCCCCAGCCCGCCGGGCCACGAGGAGGCUGGCGGCCCCACACUGUGCCUGAGGGCUGGCCCAUGCCGUGCCGCCCGAACCGAACCCACCCGGAGGUGGACACGGCCGGCCUAGCCAGGCCAUUUCAGAGGAGCUCUUUCUUGGGCGCUGCUGUCUCUGGCGCGAACACUGGAAUGCAUAUACUACUUUAUGUGCUGUGUUUUUUAUUCUUGGAUACAUUUGAUUUUUCACUUAAGUCCUCAUAUACUUCUAUAAGAGCGUGACUUGUAAUAAAGGGUUAAUGAAG